GAGGAGGGACUAGGGAGAGCUACUUUGGCCUCAGUGUGCCGGGCAGUCGCUAACCUAUGUGAGACUGAGCCCUGAAGUGUGUGUUGUGUUGUUGUUGUUGUGUUGCCUCGCUGGGACUUGAGAUUGACAGAAAUGGAUUUUCUCCUGGAUUCUGGCUAACAUUUGAUGGAUUCUACACUCUCCUCUGCCCUGAAGCCAAACCCGACAGGAACUACCACACCAUCCCGGAUCUGAGAACAGAAGGGGGGGACACACCCCACGGAGCCUGGAGCCCAUUGCCAUGGCGAUGACGGCCCUGUUCAGGGGCAAGUGGGGACAAAAGUCGCAGGAGCCACCUGAGAAGCAGCCCGCAGCAUCGGUGCACUCCACCAACCACGAGGAAGAAGAGGAGGAUGACAGGGUCAUCGCCCCCAUCCGCAGGAACUCCCGCUUCUACCGUUCCAUGAGGAAGAAGAGGCUGGCCUCGUCAGAACAACUUGAAAGCCCUGCCGUCUCUCUGAGGCCUGGUCCAGAGCCCACCCCAGGCAGCAGGUCAAGCAGCAGCUCCCUCUGUGUCCCUGAUCUCCAGAAACCUUCGCUAUCUCCCCGGGCACAGCGUACGCCAACCUCUCCACGCCAACUCCAUUCCGGAACUGCGUUGCCGAGCAACGGGGAGCUCAGGAGCCCACACACACUUACUAGCCCGGCCUCUUCCCCUCUUUGGACUAGGAGAGGAGGAGGAGGGGGAGGAGGAGGGAGGAAGGGUGCAGAUGCUUCUCCAACUAGUGGUCAGUGUGGAGGGGGCUCCACUUCCUCCUCCUCUGUUUCUAGAGCUCGGUUGUACCGGACACACGGCAUGCACACACACACUGAAGACAUGGAGAGCCUCUCAGAACGCACUGCAACCGCCUGCUCCGUACGGGAGCCCGGAGGGGGGACACAGUCACCGCAACCAGCGGAGGAGGAACUCAAUGAAGAGGGCGUCAAACUCAGGUUGGUGAGCAACAGGGAAAGAGCGAGCUCAACACCAUUGAAAGUAGAACCCAUCUGCUACAGUCUCAACAUUGUCAAGAACGUUGCCUUCCUGUACCAGGAGUACCGGGACACAUCCAAGCAGCAGGAAAUCGAGCAGCGACGGCAGCAGGAUGGGUUGACCUCGGGGGUCAGCGCGGGGUUAGGGGUGACGUCCCCACCGGCCCUGCAGCUGCAGCUGAGGAACAACUCUCGCUCUCUGAGUCUGUGGCAGAACCUGGAGGUCGUGCAGCAGAGCGGCCUGCUCACCCAGCUACCGCAGAGAGAGGUCAUUAUACAAGAGGCCAUGUUUGAGCUGGUGACCUCAGAGGCAUCCUACUACAAGAGUCUGGAGGUGCUGGAGACCCACUUCCUGAAGAACCCUGUGCUGGUCAACACACUCAGCCAAUCAGACAUGCACUUCCUGUUCUCCAACAUUGAGGAGGUGAUGAAGGCCAGUGAAAGGUUCCUGAUGGACCUGGAGAACCGCAUCGAACAGUCCCUCCAGAUCUCAGACGUGUGUGACAUCGUCCACGACCACGCCGUCAAGCACUUCCACGUCUUUAUCACCUACGUCAUCAACCAGGUGUAUCAGGAGAAGAACUACCGACGCAUUCUGGAAACCAGUCAUUCCGUGAGGCCAUGGCUCAGCUGGAGAACCAGCCGCAUGUCCGAGGCCUCUCCUUCACCUCCUUCCUCAUCCUCCCCUUCCAGAGGAUCACACGACUCAAAAUGCUGGUCCAGUAUCCAGGAUGUAAGUUUUGCGUUGAGCUUCUGCGGCUGUGUUUGCUUGCAGAACAUUCUGAAGAGGGCAGAGGAGAAUUCAGAUAUGGAGGCCAAUGCCAUCAAGGCUCACCAUCAGCUGGAGCAGAUUGUGAAGGAGUGCAACGAGGGUGUGAGGAAGAUGAGUCGUACAGAGGAACUCAUCAGCAUUGAGAAAACACUGGAGUUCAAGUCUAAGUCGGUGCCGGUGAUCUCCCACUCCCGCUGGCUGCUGAAGAAGGGUGAGGUGCAGCAGAUGGCCGGGCCAAAGAGCACUAGGACCAUGCGGAGCAAGAAGCUCCACCACCCUGUCUACCUGUUCCUCUUCAACAACCUGCUGCUCAUCACCAAGCGCAGCUCCAGUGGUGAGAAGUUCCAGGUGCUGGACUCGUGCACACGGGCCAUGCUGAGGACUGAGGACAUGGAAGACCAGGGUCAGAUGCUGGCUAAUGUGUUCAACCUGAAACUUCUGGAGAACCAAGAGGAGAGGCAUGUCAGCUACAUGCUCAAGACCUCCAGCAUGAGUGACAAGCUGCGCUGGAUAUGUGCUCUCACGCCAAACCGCCGCACGCGAUUCAUGUCCACCAGCGCCCACCAACCAGCCUCUCCUCAGGUCCAGUGUAUUCAGUCGUAUUCGUCUCAGGAGCCAGAUGAGCUGUCCAUUGAGAUGGCUGACGUGUUGAACAUCCUGGAGAGGACAGAUGACGGCUGGAUGAUGGGUGAGAGGCUCCAUGAUGGAGAGAAGGGCUGGUUCCCUUGUCGGGUAGUAGAGGAGAUCAAGAACCAGGAAGUGCGGGCCCAGAACCUCAGGGAGUGCCAGAGGAUCCACCUGGCCCAGGAAGGGGGCGCUUCCUCAGGGUCCAGGCUGGGCUCCAGGGGUGGCAGACGCACCCCCAAAACUCCCAAAGUCUCAAAUUUCUUCGGUACCUGGACUGACCAGUCAGAGGAGGAACAGUGAAGCACAUGAUAUUCCACACUGAAAGUGAUUGGUUGGAACCCCCUGGCAUCGAUUUUUACUGGACCACAUGGAUCAAAUGACAGAGAUCAUGUGAUUUGAGCAUGGGAUUGCAUUGGAAGAAAGUGACAUCAUGCAAUGACAUUAUUUCCUAUUAACUGUUUCCCUUUCUCAAGUGGUUUUGGUGUGCCAGGGUUUAGGGUCCCAGGCUCUAUGGUUUAGGGUCCCAGGCCCCAGGGUCCCAGGCUCCAGGGUUUAGGGUCCCAGGCUCCAAUGUUUAGGGUCCCAGGCUCCAGGGUUUAGGGUCCCAAACCCCAGGGUCCCAGGGCCCAGGGUUUAGGGUCCCAGGCUCCCCUGAUGGGUCCUACGAUCAGAGCACUUCUUCCAUAACUCCAACACACUGCAUGUCUUACAGUACUUCCAGUGGAAUGAUUCAGCACUACCAGUCUAACUAAAACAAGGCUCCGGUGGAACAGGAGCUAUGCAUGUGAUGGGAGAAGAUGAUAACCACAGAAACAGUUCUCAAGGGGAUGGUAACAUGUGAAUAUAUCGUAACCUUGCCUCAACUGCAUGGGCCAAUUUUUUUCUGCAUUUUUUUAAGCGCUUCUGUGCUAGAGAUGUAAUUACCCCAGAACAACGGCUUGACGAUCCACCCUUUUGUAAAGAGCAACUCCUCUAUUGAAACCAUACAAGAAGCACGUUUUAAAAUCCACCCACUAGCACUGAAUGGAAAUUAACCGUGAAUGUUUCAUGAUUCUGUACAGUAAAUAGAACAAUCACAUGACAAAGUGCUCAGUAUUGGGCAGGAAGCAAUUGACUGGAGAAGACGAGCCCUACAGAAUCACAGGCCUUGCUUAAUCAGUGGACGUGUUCUUGGGGUCAGUUCCCUUGCCAAUACUGAUAUGCCACUUACACAUGUACACUGACAAACGAGAGCACACACACACACACACUUGGGGAAAUCCUGCACAACUUCUCCAACUUGAAAAACCCUCCACAGACACCUGGUCCUGAAGCAUCUGCACAGAAUGUGCCAACACACCGACAGCACUGGAAUGGCAUGCGAGUGACAAAACAUGUGGGUGUAUGAUGAGUAUGUGUACGUGUGCAUACUGUAUGCCUUGAAUGUUCAAUAUACAAUUAAAUAAUUACUGAAACAUUGUGUAAUUGAAUUAUGUAAGAAGUAAUUUAUUGUUAAUAAAAUCUAAAUCUGAAAUUCAAA